AUGGCCCACCCGACUCUCAUCGAUAUGCCAGAACCUCCAUCCUACCCCGACACACCAACUGAAGCACCUGGCACCCCCAACUCGACCACAACUUCCCUCUCUGCCCUCUCAACCACUGCAAUCAAAGACGGCCACCGUGGCACCUCCCUCCCGCACCCAGGCUAUGGCGGCCACCACCACACCCCGUCCAGCAACACCCUCGAAGCCGAGCGCGCCGAUCGCAUCUCGCGCCUCGCAGGCCUCGAGCGCGUUUCCACCGCACGCCCUCCAAACCCCAAUCUCGUUGCUGGAGGAGUAGCAGGACAAAACGCAGGACAGGGCCAAAUCCCCGGUUACUUUGACCAGAACGGCAAUCCCGUCUAUACAACCAAGAUGUCGACUGUAGGCUCGGCAUCUGCUACAGGUUCUAUUGGUGGCAGGACCACGACCUGGGCAAGCAGCAGCGCCAAGGGCCAGACAGAGGGCGAUGACGACGAGAUGAGCAUGGAUACCAAUUACCGUGACAUGGAAGCAGAUCGUUUCUCGGCUUCUGCCAUGGACGAGGACAUGGACCGCGACGGAGACGGCAUGAGCGACAACACAUCUCUCGUCGGGUUUGGCGAAGGUGCAGGCAGCACGGUCUCAGGUCCUAUUUAUAAUAGAAGAGACUUGGCGACCAGUCCGGCAGUAGGCAAGAGUGCGCUGGCUAGUCAGUGGCAGAAUACCUCGGGUCCCGCGACGCCGGCCAGUGCUGCGACGAGUAUGACGGCUGAGCAGCAGCGACGCGAGGCGAGGAUGAUUGAUGGGUUGGCGGAUGAUACGGCUGGGUAUGUAGAUACAGCUGCUAGAGAUGGGCGAGGUGUUCCUGUGCCUGCAAGUAGGGGAUCAGGAGCGGGGGUUGAGACGGCGGAACGCAUUGUGAGGGAUAGGCUUGAUGGAGGCGAGGGACGCAGACCGCCACUUGGCAGUCCAGAUGAGGCCGGACUUGGGAAGUUCUAUUUUGAAGAGAAAAAGUAA